CACAUACCUUCUCAGCAUUAUUCAUCAUGCUCGUCAUAGUGCUGAAGCUCGUGUAUGCUCGUCAGAGAUGCGUUCUUGUGACAGGAUAGGCUACUUUCCGAUUGAUGCGUCAUAGUAGUUCUCAGCCUUAUCACUUUUGGCGCGAUGAUUCCGGAGAUUUAAUUCUGACAUCGACUACUAAUAUAACUGUCCAUAUAUUAGAACAGUGGGCUGCAUUUAAAUGCCAUCUGUUCGGCGUAGCUGUUAACUAAUGCUAGGUCACCUGUGCCAAAUAUGCGUAGACAGCCGGUUUGAGAAAGAGAAAUCGAAUCAACACUACCGCAGACAGUUACAUAUACGGAUAGGAUGGCAAAAGAGACGCGAGUGCCCUCAUGGAAACAUAGCGCCUCCCACUGGAGACUCCAGAACAUCACCCAGGAGUCUGUUGAAAGCUCUGAUGAAGAGUUUUUUGAUGCUCGGGAUGUUAUGGAAGGGAAGACAGCUUUACUUCUGGAAAUGAGUAAGUGGAACUCUAAUGACCUGGUGGAGCAGAUUGAAACACUGGGACACCUGGAGCACUCAAGAGAGAGCCUGUACAGGCUGCGACACCCUCGAUGUGCGCCACAGAGCAGUGUGGAUGGAUUGGAAGAGAUGGAGAGGAAGUGCAGGACAAAAUUGCUUAUCCUGGUGAUUCAUGGAGGUCAUAUAUUGGAUUCCGGAGGUGGUGACCCUGGAGGAAAGGCUGGUGACACUGCCACUUUGGCGUCCGUUUUGGAGCGCGUGGCUCGGGCACACUUCCAGGCAGCAGCGGACAGCAUGCUGAUCAGACUGGUGCCCUGCCCACCUGUGUGUGCUGAUGCCUUCUCUUUGGUCUCAAAUUUGAAUCCAUACAGCUAUGAUGAAACCUGCAUGUCUAGCAGUGUGGAUCACCUGCCACUGGCUUCCCUUCCCAUCCUGGCUAUAGCUGCCCCUCAUUACCAGAAUGCUGUGGCAACAGUCGUUGCUGAGGCCAAUCAAGUUUACGAAAAAUUCCUUCAUUCAGCAGAAGGUGUAGGAUUCACAGGACAGGUGUGCCUGGUAGCAGAUUGUGUUGGUGGGGUUCUUUGUUUUGAUGCCUUGUGUUUCGGUGGUGACAAGGAACACAGAAGCCCUGAGGGUGGCAGCACGAACAACAGUACAGAGAGUCUAAAGGAAAGGCAAGGCGUGGUAAGCUCUCUGAGCCCCACUCUCCAAGGUAGCAAGCGCCUGAGUAAAAGCAACAUUGAUGUGUCAAUCCCAUGUGAUGUAUUGUCUGGAGCCUGCCAUCCCCUCAUCCGUAAGCAAAGUGACUCGUGUGAUGUUGACGUGGCCAGUGGUCAGGGUAAGAUUAGAAGUCUGUCGCAGGACGACCAGUGUGGCUCCAGGCAGGCUCUCAAUCCAGGCUGCUUUGAGUUUGAAGUGUCAGACUGCUUUCUGCUGGGAUGCCCACUGGGGCUGGUGCAAGCAAUGAGGAGAACUGUUUUACCUGCCGUUGAUGUUAUUCAGCUCCAGCCAGCUUGUUCUCAGAUUUUUAAUCUGUUCUACCCAUCUGACCCUUCUGCUUCACGUCUGGAACCUUUACUGCAUCCAGCUUUCACACAACUUCCCCCCUUUCCCAUUCCUCGUUACCAGCGGUACCCUCUGGGUGAUGGAAGCUCCAAUCUCAUGGUGGACACUGUGCUCAGACGCUUCUCAGACAGCAGUGUUUCUGUAGAUGGAUUGCCAGAGCAGUGCUGCAGAGGAAGCGUGUCCUGCAGGGGCAGCGAUCGAGUUGUUCCACUUGGCCCUGCCCACUCGGAUGCUGAGGAGUCUGAAACUACCCCUAGCGGGCCUGUUAGCAUCUCACACAUAUGUAGCAGGUGGUGGGGGUUGAAGCGGUUAGAUUAUGUGCUGUACUGUCCAGAUGUGCUCACCACCUUUCCCACUAUAGCACUGCCUCACCUUUUUCACGCAUCGUACUGGGAGUCCACGGAUGCUGUGGCUUUUAUUCUUAGACAAGUAAUGCGAUGUGACUGUCUGAAGACUGGGGAAGGUGAUUGUUUGGAUGCUAUUCCCAUUUCUCCAUCAAGCCCCCGUGAGAAGUGGCUUCACAGACGAACACAUGUAAAACUACGAAAUGUAACGGCAAAUCACAGAGUUCAUGAUGUCAUCGUAACAGAAGAUGGCCCACAGACACUGGUGGGGCGGUUUAUGUAUGGCCCUCUUGACAUGGUGACCCUAACAGGAGAGAAGGUGGAUGUGUUUUUAAAGAACCAGCCUGCUUCUGGUCGUUGGUUUCUGUUUGACACUGUGGUGACCAGCAGCAGCGGACGGGUGUCCUACACCAUCCCCAGUAACAAAAGACUUGGGGUGGGUAUCUACCCCAUUAAAAUGGUGGUCAGGGGUGAUCAGACAAGUGCAGAGGCAUUCCUUACAGUGUUGCCACAGGGAAUGGAGUGUGUGGUGUUUAGUAUUGAUGGCUCCUUUGCUGCCAGUGUCUCCCUUAUGGGCAGUGAUCCCAAAGUUCGCCCUGGAGCUGUGGAUGUGGUCAGACACUGGCAGGAUCUUGGGUAUCUGAUCAUCUACAUUACUGGUCGUCCUGACAUGCAGAAACAGAGGGUUGUGUCUUGGCUCUCUCAGCACAACUUCCCUCUGGGCAUGGUUUUCUUCUCAGAAGGACUUGUCCAUGACCCCUUGCGUCAAAAAACCAUUUUUCUGAAGAGUCUAGUAAAAGAGUGUCACAUUAAGAUCAGUGCAGCGUAUGGCUCUAUGAAGGACAUGUCUGUGUACAGCACAUUGGGACUGGCACCUAAUCAGAUGUACAUUGUAGGCAGGCCAUCCAAGAAACAUCAGCAUCAGUGCCAGUUUCUGAGCGAAGGCUAUGCAGCUCACCUCUCCAUUCUUGAGUUUGAGCAUGGCUCACGCUCCAAAAAAAACCGAAUGGUGCUUCGUCAGGGAUCUUUUGGCCUUUCUUCCAAAACAGACUUCCUAUCUCCAUCCCCGGACUUCCUAUCCUGCAAGCGUACUCCACUGCUGUGUCGAGCAAUGUCUGUUCAGCAGCCAUCACCGCCUUCAUCAUCUGCCUCCACUCCCAAACCUGAGCGUGCUCAGAGCCAGCCUGAAUCUCAUAAAGACGGACCAGAGAUUCGCAUCCAGACUGAUGAUCAAGAUGAAGAGGAAGAAGAGGAAGGGAGAAUACAGGAUGUUGUACUGUAAAGGAACUCCAUGAGUUGUGAAGAAAUGCACACACAGAAGAAGUCAAUUUUCAAACACAUUCCAAUCUCCCUUAUCAAACCAGAAGACCUUUUGUUCAUAUGAUCAAACUCAAUAGAUGGGGUCCACGGUAGACAAGACCACAAGGCCACAAGGACUUGCACAUUACCUCCAAAACAAAACAUAACCCUGGUCCAAGACCAGCAACAUUAAAGACUGGACUGAAAUUAACAACACCCUGUGACUCUUAUAGAUGUCAUAAUCGAGACGUCCUCCUUUGACAGGCGACUCAUUUCAUGUGUGGUGAAGGUUUGUCAGACUCCUGUAAUGGUAUUUUAUUUUAUUAGUUUUUUGAAUUUGUGCCUGCAUGUUUUGCUGAACCCAGAUUCUUUUUGGCAAAAUGUUGCUACAUACCCAUUCAUUAUAUAAGUACUAUAGCUCCAGUGUCUUCUAGGGUGCCGUAUGUAGAUUAUAGAUUAUGUACUGACAGUCUUUAAACAUGUUCUUCUGUGAUUUUACAUCUGUGGCAUUUUCAGAGAAUAUGUUCUGUGAAUAUGAUUGUAUUGCACAAAAACUGUAUAUAAUUGUAUACAUGUUUUCUUAGUGAUAUUAGAUGUUAUAAAACUAUGCUUAUAUGGUGAAAUGUGCUAUUUCAGAGCAUAAAGCAUUUAUUUUACUCAUUUUAAGAACAACAAUUCCCAAGGAGUACACAAAUUAACAGAAUCAAGGGAACUUCUUUAUUAAUAAAGCAGAGAUUUUAAUAUAUUAAAUAAAUAUAUGUAAAGAGCUUAAGGCUUUUAUAGUACCCACCUAAGGAUUAUUAGGAUAUGGCAACAUUUAAAAAAAAAAAAAAAUCUAAAUAUUGACAAAAUCUCAAUUGAAGUUGCCAAAUGAAGUUCUUAGCUAUGCAAAUUACUUUUGGCAUACUUAUGACUGGUUUUGUGGUUUAGGGUUACUAAUGUCUAAACAUUUACUUUAAUUGUUUUACUUUUUUUUUGUAAAAGUCUUGUUUUAUGACACACAUAAUUUAUCAAAAUGAAGUCAAAAAAUAAUUUAUCAAAAUGAAUAAAAUAAGAAUGAAUAUGUUGUGUUAAAUAAUUUCAUUAGAUUCACAAACAAGUUUUCAGUAUUGGUUCUUGUUUUAAGCAUAUAGAAUAACUAGCUUUAUUCAAUAACUUAAUUUUUCUUUCAUCAACAUGUUGAACCUGCAUGACCAACUGAAGAAAAAAAACUCAUCUCCUUGAUUCCUAUUAAAAUGACUUUGUCUUUGUUAAUUUUUUAUUACAAUUAUUAUGGCUGGUCCUGUAUCAUUAAAAAAAAACAACUUUUCAUUUAAAUGUAAACAAAAUUCAAUAUUUUUAUUAAGUAUAAAAAAAGCAAACAAUUCCGCUGUUUUUGUCCUUUUCUAAACAAUUCACAUGCAUGAUGCAAAGCAAUACAUGUAAACAUUGUAAGUUUGAAACAAGCUCAAAUGCAUAUGACAGUUUUUUAGACAAACUCUCACAUUUGGUAAUGUUCACAUAUGGAUCACACUAUACUAUAAGUACAAUUGAUGACUAUAGUGUCUUAAUAUUUAAAUGGUGAAUUUGUGAAAAUAUGGCAUACUCAGCAUUUAGUUCUCCCUUAACACAAAUAAGAGUAAAUACAGUUUACAGUAAACUCCAUAAAGUACCAAAGUAGUAAAAUACUGCUAAUAAACUUCAACUAAAUAGGUUAGAUAGUUAAUAAGCAUAAUAAUAUUAGUAACAUAUACCACAGUCAGUAUCUAUGUCAGUGUAGUGUUGGAUGGAUAUUAAAAAAAUAAAAACUC